AAAGUACUUUAUCUCCCAACCCUAAUUAGUAUGUGCUCCUGUUGCUUUAACUUUAUCUCCUCCUCAUAUUUCGAAACCCUCAUUUAUUGAUUUCUUUGAUCUUUUACAAGGAAGACAAGAGAGAAAGAAAGAAGAAAGUUGAGAACUUGAGAUGGGGAGAGGUAAGAUCGAGAUCAAGAGGAUUGAGAACUCAAACAACAGGCAGGUGACCUAUUCCAAGAGAAGGAAUGGCAUCAUGAAGAAGGCUAGGGAGAUCACCGUUCUUUGUGAUGCUCAAGUUUCCCUCAUCAUCUUUGCUAGUUCUGGAAGGAUGCAUGAGUAUUGUUCUCCUUCAACUACUUUGAUUGAUAUUUUGGACAAAUACCACAAGGCAUCUGGGAAGAGAUUGUGGGAUGCUAAACAUGAGAACCUCAGCAAUGAAAUUGAUAGAAUCAAGAAAGAAAAUGACAGCAUGCAAAUCGAGCUCAGGCACCUGAAGGGGGAGGAUAUCCAGUCAUUGCAACACAAAGAUCUGAUGGCCCUAGAGGAGGCCCUGGAAAAUGGCCUUGCUAGUCUUCGUGCUAAACAGAUGGACCUACUUGAUGUGGCUGCCAGAAAUGUGAAAAUAUUCGAGGAGGAAAAUAAGGAACUCCAAUUCAUUCUGCAUCAGCAGGAGCUUGCCAUGGAAAAUGCAAGGGAGCAGAUGGAUAAUGGAUACCAGAGAGCAAGGGACUACAAUGGGCAGAUGCCAUUCGGCUUUCGGGUGCAGCCUAUGCAACCAAAUUUACAAGAGAGGAUGUGAUAUAUAUAUCUAUAUAUAUGUGCAUGUCUCCAGCUCUCUAUCUUUAGUAUGGCUUCAAUUCUCGGCAGUGUUCUUAGACUUGGUUUGUAAUUAAUAAGGCCAUGUGGACCUUACAUAUUGGCCUGUGUACGUGGUUUGUGUGUAAUGUGUACGCACUUAUGACUAUUAUUAUGCUUAAUUAAAACUUAUUUAUUAU